GGCGUCUUUCACUCAGGCCACCGCACUGAAAGCAGGGAAACCGAGGCUCGACACGCCUCCAGCGAGCUCCCGGUGAGCUCCAACCGACAGCAGGUCGGUGGGGUCCCGGCAGCAGCGCGAUGGCGAGUAUGCCGGCGAUUGGCAUCGACCUGGGCACGACGUACUCGUGCGCGGGCGUGUUCCGCCAGGGAAAGGUGGAGAUCAUCGCCAACGAGCAGGGAAACCGCACUACGCCCAGCUAUGUGGCUUUCACAGAUCAAGAGCGCCUCAUCGGCGAGGCUGCCAAGAACCAGGCGGCGCUCAACCCUACGAACACCGUCUUCGAUGCGAAGCGGCUCAUCGGAAGAAACUUCAAUGACCCGGCACUGCAAAAUGACAUGAAGCACUGGCCCUUCAAAGUGAUCAAUGACGGAAACAAGCCCCGGGUCCAGGUCACCUUUCACGGCGAGACCAAGGUGUUCCACCCAGAGGAGAUCUCGUCCAUGAUACUGUACAAGAUGAAGGAGAGCGCAGAGGCCUUUCUCGGUGGGCCCGUCAAAGAGGCUGUCAUCACCGUGCCGGCCUACUUCAACGACUCGCAGCGGCAGGCGACAAAGGAUGCCGGCGCCAUCGCAGGCCUCAAAGUGCUCCGCAUUGUCAACGAACCGACAGCGGCUGCGAUAGCCUAUGGCCUUGACAAGACGAACGAGAAGGAACGCAACGUGGUCAUCUUCGACCUGGGCGGCGGCACGUUCGACGUGUCCGUGCUCUGCAUUGACAAGGGAACCUUCGAGGUCAAGGCCACGUCGGGCGACACGCACCUGGGCGGCGAGGACUUCGACAGCCGCAUGGUGUCCUUCCUGGCGCAGGAGUUCCUGCGCAAGCACAAGAAGAACAUCGAGCAGGACAAGAAGGCGCUGCGCCGCCUGCGCACCGCCUGCGAGAAGGCCAAGCGCACGCUGUCGUCCUGCACGCAGGCCAGCAUCGAGAUUGACUCUCUGUGCGACGGCGUGGACUUCUACACGUCCAUCUCACGAGCACGGUUCGAAGAGCUCAACUCGGACUUGUUCCGGUCGUGCCUCGACCCGAUGGAGCGCUGCCUGAAUGACUCCAAGCUGAACAAGGCAGACAUCAAGGACGUCGUGCUUGUAGGUGGCUCAACCAGGAUUCCCAAGAUACAGAGGCUCGUCCAGGACUUCUUCAACGGCAAAGAGCUGAACAAGUCCAUCAACCCGGACGAAGCUGUGGCAUACGGCGCUGCCGUCCAAGCCGCCAUCCUGACCAACGUCAAGACGGUCGAGCUGCAGGAUCUGCUGCUCCUCGACGUCACCCCUUUGUCGCUCGGCAUCGAGACGGCGGGUGGAGUGAUGACGGUGCUCAUCAUGCGUAACACCACCAUACCCAUCAAAAAGACCCGCAUCUUCACCACGUACACGGACGAGCAGCAGAGUGUGCUCAUACAGGUGUUCGAGGGCGAAAGGGCUCUCACGAAGGAUAACAACCUGCUUGGCAAGUUCGUGCUCAAGGGCAUCCCACCCGCGCCGAGGGGUGUGCCGCAGAUUGAAGUCACCUUCGAUCUCAGCGCUGACGGAAUCCUGAACGUGUCGGCUGUCGAGAAGAGCGUCGGUAAGCCCAAAAAUAUCACCAUCACGAACGACAAGGGCCGCCUGACUUCUGACCAGAUCCAGAAAAUGAUCAAGGAGAGCGAGAGCUACAAGGAACAGGACACCGUCGAGAGGAACCGCAUCGCCGCCCGAAACGCACUGGAGACCUACCUAUUUCAGCUGCGCACCAAGAUCAAGGAGGACCCGUCCGUAAAGAACGUGCUCAAGCAGGAAGAGGUGAACAGCGUGCUCAAGAAAGCGGACGAGCUAGAAGGGUGGCUGGAGAUGAACGCGAGAUCUACCAGGGACGAGUUUGAAAACAAAAAGAAAGAGAUGGAGACGCUGUGGGAGCCUCUCGUCUUGCGUGUCUAUGCCAGCACGCAAGGAGGAAGCUUGAACACUCGGUAGGACGCCGAGAGAGACGCAUUCUAAAUAUUUGCGCAUAAUUAAACUUGUUUUAGGUAUUGUA